UCCAAGGCUAAUAAACGCGCGACCCGACCCGACCCCCCUCCUCCUUUUCCUGCUAUAUAUACGCACACGCCACUCAUCACUCGCUCGCUCACCCGUCCACCACAUAACAUUAACUCCUUUCUUCAGCUUGACACUCCAUUGCAGGGAGGGGUUGCAGCUAGCUGGUGGCCAGUAGCGAGCGAGAGAGCCAAGGAGGAUAUGGGCGAGGAGGCCAAUUGCAACGUCGCCAUGGAGGCCAAGCUGCCCAAGGAGAACGGGCUGAACGGCCACACCGGUGCCGCGGCCGAGGCCAAGGCCGCCCGGGCUGACGCCGAGAUCACCGACGCGGCGCCGGCCGUCGACCCCCGCCUGCAGGGCAUCUCCGACGCCAUCCGCGUCGUCCCCCACUUCCCCAAGCAAGGCAUCAUGUUCAACGACAUCACGCCGCUGCUGCUGCGCCCUGGCGUGUUCAAGGACGCCGUCGACAUCUUCGUCGAGCGCUACCGCGGCAUGGGCAUCGCCGCCGUCGCCGGGAUUGAGGCUAGAGGAUUCAUAUUUGGCCCGGCGAUUGCGCUGGCUAUUGGCGCCAAAUUCAUACCGCUGCGUAAGCCCAAGAAACUCCCAGGCGAGGUGAUAUCUGAGACAUAUGUUCUCGAGUACGGGACUGAUUGCUUGCAGAUGCAUGUUGGCGCCAUCGAGCCUGGCGAGCGCGUGCUGAUCGUUGAUGAUCUGGUUGCAACCGGUGGGACACUUUGUGCUGCUAUAAGGCUUCUUGAACGCGCUGGAGCUGACGUUGCUGAGUGCGCGUGUCUGAUUGGGCUCCCAAAAUUUAAGGAUUUCUACAAGCUCAAUGGUAAGCCAGUAUAUGUUCUUGUGGAGUCACGCGAAUAUGAAAAAUAAAGAGAUUGAUGAUCAGGAAUGCACAUGGCUUCGUUCCUUACUAUUGCAAGUGAGCGCUGGACGGAUAUCAACAAGUCUGCGGUACAUUAUUAAGGCUAAGCUAGCUGCUAAGUAUUAGAGGGUGGUGAGGAAGAGAGAGAGGAUUGGUGAGUGGGGAAGGGUGAAUCGAUGUAGUUCUUGUAGGCUGAGUAGUUCUUUCAGGGUACUGAAAAAAAAGAGCUUGUAGUUCUGUCGGGGACACGAUUACUAGCUGAAUCAUCGUCAGUUCUGUUCUUCCAUUGUUGAUUAAA